AAUGCCUAUAAUGUAGGAAACGAAUUCAUCAAGUAUUUAAAUGAAGAAAUCACAGGUAACUUUAAACAUUAGUUCAGACAGAAUGGUGGGGAUGCCCAACGAUGAAGUGAUCUUAAUGGAACUAGUGGUUCUAAAAUUUCACCCAAGUACUAUAUAAAGGAACCCUCUUUAUGCAUAGCUCAGAGUAUUCAUGUAACAAGAUCUUUUCUAAGUCAUACAAAGAUUUUUGAGGUCCAGUCUUGAGGCAAAAAUUUAGGUCGAGAAUGGUGAAAGUGUUUCUUGUCAUACCAAAACUGCUGCUGAUUCUAAUAUCUGCCAGUUGGAUAUCUCUUUGGCUUCUUAAGCCAACAGAACUCUGGACAAGAAAAUGGAAGGGAGCAGAAGAGAAAGCCACAGCUACCAUUUUUGGCUAUAAUGGUCUUGACUUUGCUGUCUACACAUUUCCUAUAGUUGCUUUGGCUAUAAUUGGUUUCAUUUACUUGGAACUUAAACCAAAGGAACCAAAUAUGAGGCCAGGAAGAAGUUUAAUCACUGCUCUCUCCAAUCCCCUUAUUAUCAAUCGUUACCUAGGAAUCUUAUCUGCAAUCGAGAUCCUUGCUUCUUCUCUGUUUAUUAUCUUUCUAAUUUGGACCUUCUACGCCCGCAUUUCAAAUGAUUUCAGAAAGAUGAUACCAGUCAAAUCAUUCAAAUUGAUUCCAUGGCAGUACAAAUUGUUCAGGAUGGCUACCCGGUGUGGUUUGCUGGCAGAAGCUUGCCUAGCACUGAUUCUUCUGCCCAUAUUGAGGGGAAUGUCUAUAUUUCGGCUACUUGGCAUCCAGUUCGAAGCAUCAGUGAGAUACCACAUUUGCUUAGGCACGGCCAUGAUAUUUUUUGCAACUUUACAUGGGGCAGGCACCCUUUUUAUCUGGGGAGUUAAACAUAGAAUUCAAGAUGAGAUGUGGAAAUGGCAGAAGACAGGCCGCAUAUACCUUGCUGGUGAGAUAACCCUUAUCACAGGUUUAGUCAUUUCGAUCACAGCAUUGCCACAGAUAAGAAGGAAGUGGUUUCAGGCCUUUUACUACUCACACCAUCUUUAUAUAGUCUUCAUAGUAUUCUUUUUGUUCCAUGGUGGAGACCGACAUUUUUACAUGGUUUUUCCUGGUGUUUUUCUCUUUGCCCUGGAUAAGCUGCUCCGAAUCAUACAGUCGAGGCCAGAGACGUGCAUUCUUUCUGCUCGAGUCUUCCCAAGCAACGCCAUUGAACUUACUUUGCCGAAAGACCCAAGAUUGAAGUACACACCAACAAGCGUGAUUUUCUUGAAGAUACCAAGUAUUUCCAAGUCCCAAUGGCAUCCUUUUAGCAUAACUUCUAGCUCCAGUGUCGAUAAAAACUCUAUCUCAAUAAUUAUCAAAUGUGAGGGACAAUGGACAAGUUCCCUCUAUAAUCAAAUUCAUGCUGAAAAAGAAUCAGAAUCUGAUUUAAGGAAGUGUAUUCCAAUUGCAACAGAAGGUCCUUAUGGACCUGCCUCACUGGAUUUCCUAAGGUAUGACAAUCUGCUUCUAGUCGCUGGAGGAAUUGGGCUAACACCAUUUCUUAGCAUUUUGCAAGAAAUUGGCUCCAAACUAAACAACAGCAGAAAUAAAUAUCCCUCUCGAAUACAAUUCAUCUACACCGUAAAAAAUUCUCAUGAAAUUUGCUUGUUAGAACCAAUUCUAGAUCAGCUCCUAGACGUUGAACAAUUUCAUAUAAAACUUAAAGUAUUUGUGACUAGGGAAAACCAGCCUAGUACAACACUAAGAGAAGUACUUAAAGACUUACCUGACAUGCAAACAACAAAUUUUAGCACCACACAUUCAAGCUAUGCAACAUGUGGACCUGAGAGUUUAACUUGGAUGGCAACCAUAGCAAUGUUUUCUUCCAUCAUAUUUCUACUCUUGCUUAGUUUUUUCAACCAUUUCGUUGUGUCCCCUGCCAAGAAGCCCUCUCAAGAGAAAAAUUCCACUUCACAGAUGGAUCUCCUUCUCAUAUGCUCUUUUUUCAUAGCAGUUGUAUUUAGUGGCUUGGUGGUUAUUAUUAUAAGAUGGAAAAGGCUAAGAAAGGGAUUUCUAUCAUUUUCCAAUGAAAAAAGACAACCCAUGAAACAAAGUUCCCUUGAAGUCGACAAAGCUCUUGACGAACAUGGAAUCCAUUUUGGAAGAAGGCCAAACUUUCAAGAUAUAUUCUCCAAUUUCACAAAAGAAUGCGGGGGAUCAGAGAUAGGCGUCUUGGUUUGUGGACCAGAAACAAUGAAACAGAACCUGGCUUCAGCAUGCAAGCUAAAUACUUGGAAAACAAAUUUCUGUUUUCACUCCCUCAACUUCACACUCUGAUUAAAUUAUACAAGGCACAAAGGUUUACAGCUUAAGAUGUUACUGAGAGUACUAUAAUUUAAUUUUGUUUAUGAAUCAUGCCAGCAUAUGUAUAUAUUAUCGUAAGAAAUCGAACGCAUAUAGUUGGUUCUUUCCUAUUAUAAGGAUCCUUAUCGUUUAGAUUAA